AUGGGUUGCUUUGUCAGUAAAGACAAACUUACCAAGGAAGAUAUGGACUUUCUCAAAACACACACAUCAUACGAUGAGACCACUAUCAAGGAGUGGUAUAAAGGAUUUAAACAAGACUGUCCCAAUGGCCGGUUGACUCCAGCGAAGUUCGUGGAUAUGUACAAGAUGUUCUUCCCGUCCGGGAACGCGGUGGAGUUCUGCGACCAUGUUUUCCGCACUUUCGAUAUGGACAAAAAUGGAUACAUUGAUUUCAAGGAAUUCCUGCAGGCGAUUCAUGUUACGUCCAGUGGAACUCCAGAGGAAAAGCUUAAAUGGGCUUUCCGUAUGUACGACGUGGAUGGAAAUGGGGUGAUCGAUAUUCAGGAGAUGACUAAAAUAGUUCAGGCAAUUUACGAUAUGUUGGGUGCCUGUUCAAGUAACAGGCCAGCGGACUCGGCCGAAGAGCGUGCCAAGAAUAUUUUCGCAAAAAUGGAUGAGAACAACGAUGGACAGCUCACACAGGACGAGUUCCUCAAGGGCUGUCUUCAGGACGAGGAGCUCUCUAAAAUGCUAGCGCCUUAA